CUGAGUGAUCAGACAGUGAGGAAGGCUCUCUGUGUUUUGUCGAGAUGUUGUGUGAACGUUGACUCACAGACUUCCAUUUAAAGCUGAAGGACUUUGUUUUACUCCUUAAGGAGGUAAAGGUUACGUUUUUGAUUUAUUUUUUUCUUUUUAACUGCGUGAUGGCGACUGUAAGAUGCCUUAACUGCAUAUCUACAGAAUGGCGAUCAUUUUAUGGACUGCGACGACAAAUAGGACUACUUAUGUUGCUUCUUCAAGCGGUUAACAUGGUAGAUACUCAGAUUCGAUAUUCUAUACCCGAGGAGAUGAAGAAAGGCUCUGUUAUCGGUAAUGUGGCGCAGGAUCUUGGCUUGGAUUUGAAGAGGCUCCGUUCAGGGCGGGCCCGUAUCGUGACCGGGGAAAAUGUUCACUACACCGAGCUGAAGACAGACAAAGGGAUUCUAAUUGUGAAUGAGAGAAUCGACCGGGAGGAGCUUUGUGGAGACAUAACGCCGUGUAGCUUCAGCUUUGAGAUUAUUUUAGAAAACCCGAUUGAACUACAUGGAAUAACUGUUGAGGUUUUGGAUAUAAAUGAUCAUGCUCCUGUCUUCCCAAACAACGAUAAACCCAUCAGCUUUGAAAUAAGCGAAUCAGCUGCAAUUGGAGUACGCUUCCCUCUGCAGGGUGCGCAGGAUCUAGAUGUAGGCCAAAAUGCCUUGCAAGAUUAUAUUCUAUCCACAAACGACAACUUUAUAUUGAAGCAACAUGCAAACCCAGAUGGGAGAAAAUAUGUUGAAAUGGUGCUCCAGAAACCUUUGGACAGAGAGCGAGACCCACAUUUCUCUUUGAAAUUGAUCGCAAUUGACGGAGGGACACCACAGAGGUCUGGUACUGUAAAUAUAGAUGUGACUGUCUUAGAUGCUAACGACAAUAUUCCAAUUUUUAACCAAUCAGUGUACAAAGCAACAGUUGUAGAAAACACGAAAACAGGGACAAGUAUUAUUAAAGUAAACGCCACAGACGCUGACAGUGGAUCAAAUGGACUGAUUACUUACAGUUUGUCAGAAAUGAAAGGGAAUGCAGCAGACACAUUCAGUAUUGAUGAAAAUAGUGGAAACAUUUACGUGUCUGGUCAAAUAGACUAUGAGAAAGACAGAAAAUACGAGCUGAGGGUAGAGGCUAGGGACUAUGGUGGACUAACUGGGACAAGUAAAGUUAUUUUCGAGGUCGUAGAUGUAAAUGACAAUGCUCCAGUUAUAAAUGUAAUGUCAUUUUCCAGUCCCCUAUCAGAGGAUGCGCGGCCUGGUACAACCAUUGCCGUUCUAAACAUAAAAGAUGCAGAUUCUGAGAGAAAUGGGCAAAUUAAAUGGUCAGUGGGUGACAAACUUCCCUUUAAAAUUGAAGCAUCUUUAAAAAAUUAUUACAAUUUGGUAUCAGUUCAGCAGUUUGACAGAGAAUCCGUCUCAGAAUAUAACAUAACAGUUACAGCCACCGAUUUUGGGUCUCCCCCUCUGUCUAGCUCAACAACAUUGCAUCUUAAAAUCUCUGACGUUAACGACAAUGCACCAUUAUUUGAUAAAAACAGCUAUAUUGCUCAUAUCACAGAGAAUAACGCUCCUGGAGUUUCGAUUUUUGCUGUGAGCGCGCAGGACUCUGAUUGGAAUCAAAACGCCAGAAUCUCAUAUCUCUUAGAGGACACACAGGUCAGUGGUAGUCCAGUUUCUACUUAUGUGACUUUGAACUCUGAAACUGGAGUUCUUAGUGCCGUUCGCUCCUUUGAUUAUGAGCAAAUUAAACAGCUUGAUCUAGUAGUUAAAGCACAGGAUGGAGGUUCUCCUCCACUCAGCAACAAUGUGACUGUGAAAAUAAUGAUUCAGGAUCAGAACGACAACCCCCCUCAGGUUCUGUAUCCAGUCCAGACUGGUGGCUCUCUGGUGGCUGAAAUGGUGCCUCGUUCAGCAGAUGUGGGCUAUCUGGUAACUAAAGUGGUCGCUGUUGAUGUGGAUUCUGGACAGAAUGCCUGGCUCUCCUAUAAACUGCAGAAAGCCACAGACAGGGCGCUGUUUGAAGUCGGCUUACAGAAUGGAGAAAUCAGAACUAUCCGCCAAGUCACCGAUAAAGAUGCUGUCAAACAAAGACUGACUGUUAUAGUGGAGGACAACGGGAUGCCCUCUCGUUCGGCUACGGUCAUUGUUAACGUGGCGGUGGCGGACAGCUUCCCUGAAGUUCUGUCGGGGUUCACUGACUAUACACAAGAUAAGGAGUACAAUGACAAUCUGACUUUUUACUUAGUCUUGGCUCUGGCUGUAGUUUCCUUCCUCUUCAUCACGUGUUUAGUGGUUAUUAUUUCAGUCAAAAUCUACAGGUGGAGACAGUCUCGCAUCCUGUAUCACUCUAACCUCCCUGUCAUUCCAUAUUAUCCACCACGUUACGCAGACACUUUGGGGACAGGGACUCUCCCCCAUGUGUACAAUUACGAGGUGUGCAGGACGACUGACUCCAGAAAGAGUGACUGUAAGUUCGGCAGAGCUGGUAGUCAGAACGUGCUGAUAAUGGACCCCAGUUCUACAGGGACGAUGCAGCGGAUACAGAGUGAAAAGAGCAUCCUGGAUGAACCAGACUCUCCUCUAGAGGUCAGUUAA